GGGGCUACGAGGAGAUCUGCCAAGGAGGUGCUCUUGAUGGCCGGCUUCUGCGAGGUUUGAACAGUAUCACGGUGGCUCUCAUCAAGGGGGAUACGAACAGGAUUAUGCAGUGGUGCAACUGAAGUCUGAUGCAUUGUGGCGUUCCAUUGGAGUUUUAGCGUUGAACCGGGGUCCGGAUUGGUGCCUUUCACUCUCGGCAAUCAGACGGUAUCAUGGCCUGGUCGCAUCGCAUUGAGCGGGGCGUUCGAGAGCACGCCCGAGGCCAAGCCUACUUUCUGGUCGUGCUGCUUGUCUUGGAUGCCUUUGUGGGGCCAAUCUGCGGACAGCUUUCUGAUCCGAUCGCUCACGACGACAAUCUGGCAAACAGUGCACAAAACAAGUUCUUGCAGCGGGAGGCGAGCAAGGAUGGAUCGGCACCUGCUUCUCAGGAUGAGGAGCCCUCGGCUGGCAACACGCAGUGCCCCAAAAACGUGGAGCUGCGGUGGAUGUCGGAAGUUAGCGCCAGCAUCUACUCCACGCCUCUAGUUGCAGACAUCAACAGUGACGGCAGGUCCGAGGUGAUUGUGCCCUCUUUCAUCCACUACCUGGACGUCUUGGAGGGCACCGACGGAGAGAAGCUGCCAGGCUGGCCGGCCUUCCACAAGUCUAGCGUCCACAGCAGCCCCUUUCUGUACGAUGUGGAUAAGGACGGCGUCAGAGAGGUUGGGUUGGCCACCUACAACGGCGAGAUCCUAUUCUUCAGGCCAAGCGGUGAGCUUCUACCAAGCAAGCUAGUGGUCCCCCGCCUCAAAGUCCACAAAGACUGGUACGUCGGCCUCGACCCAGACCCGGUAGACCACAGCAAACCAGACGUCGGCGACCAAGAUUUGACCAUCCAAUCUCCUUCCACAAUCGACGGCGACGAAGAGGCCGAUCACGCACAUGCGGCGGAGCACGCGGUGAAGCCUAGGGGGCCUGGGGAAGAAAGCGGCAGCAGCGGGGGGGAAGAUGACGGCGCGGGGGCGCUACACGUUGCGGGGGGGUUCUUGAUCCAGGGAAGGGACGGGGGGGAAGAGGGGGAGGGAGGGGCUGCUGAGGUGGGUACCGAAACGGGGGUAAACGAAGGGGUGGAAACGAAAGAGACGGGAAAAGAAAAUGGAGAAGGAGGGGGGGGUGCCGCAGAGGAAAAGAAGGUUCCGGAGGGAGACAGCAAUACGGGGGACGGCGACGAGGUCGAAACCGGGCUGGCGAACCGGUUGGGAGAGGCGGGCGCGGCAGCGGAUGCGCGGGUGUUGGAAGGGGAAGUGGCUUCCGAGGGGGGAGCGAUUUCUGGCGGUGACGCCGCACCGGGGGGGACUGUUGCGCCGUGCGACGACGAUGGGUGCCCGGCGACCGGGCACGUGCAGACCCCCGAAACGGAGAAGACGGGUGAGGGUACUGCGGAGACGGGGCAAACGGCAGAGGGUACUGCGAAGGAAGGGGAAGCUGGGGGCGUGGCGGCGGCUGUUACUCAGAGGCGAAGGCUGCUUUGGUCUAACGAGGGGGUGUCGAACAGCGAGGAAAGUGAAAGUGGGGGGGAGGACGGAAAUUUGCAUGGCGGUGCGCUCAAAGCGGACCUACUCAACGAGGGGUUAAAGGUAACCCGGCGGCGGUUAUUGGCCGAGGACCAAACCCAGGGGGUCGCGACGGCGGAAACGGAGGGAAAACUGGACCCCGAAGCGGCGGAAACGUUUAACAUCUUUGAUAAGGAUGGCGGCGCAGACACGCAGGACGAUCCUGAGUGGGACUUUGACGACUUUGACUUUGAGCAUGCGGAGGAGAUGUGGGCGGACGAGGAGUGGCGGGAAGGCGCACGCGAGAUGGAGAAGGACUUUGUGUUUGUGGACGCACACAUUCUGUGCUCGCCGGUGGUUGCGGACAUUGAUAGCGAUGGGCGCGACGAGCUCGUUGUUGCGGCGUCGUACUUUUUCGACGUGGAGUAUUACGAGGACCCUGCGCAUGCCAAGGAGUUGCCGGAGGGCAUCGACUUGCACAAGUACAUUGCGGGCGGGAUCGUUGCGUUCGACCUUGUUGACAUGCGCGUCAAGUGGAGCGUCCACCUAGAUUUGUCCACCGAUGCAACCCAAUACCGAGCCUACAUCUACUCUCACCCCACGGUUGUCGACCUGGAUCGAGACGGCUACAUGGAGAUCCUAGUGGGCACCAGCGAGGGCUUCCUUUACUGCCUAAGCCACGUCGGCUACCCCCGGGAGAACUUCCCGAUUCAGAUGGGCGAGAUUCAGGGUCAGGUGGUCGCAGCAGACAUCAACGGCGACGGGUUCUUAGAGAUCGUUGGAGUGGACACCCGGGGCAACGUGGCGGCCUUUGAUUGGCGGGGCCGGGAGCUGUGGGAGCGCCACGUGGCAUCCAUGAUCUCGCAGGGCGUAUCGGUCGGCGAUGUUGACGGCGACGGCCACGCCGAGGUCGUCUUCGGCACGACGUCCGGCCACGUGUAUGCGGUCCGCGGCGACACCGGCCUCGACGUCGCGCCGUUCCCGUUCCGCACGCACGGCCGCGUGAUGGCUCCCGUCCUGCUGGUCAACCUCAAGCGCUCGCGGCCGCGGGGCGCCGGGCUGGACCUCGUGGUGACGUCAUUCGACGGGUUCGUGUACAUGAUCGAGGGCGAGACCGGGUGCGCUGACGUCAUCGACGUCGGGGAGACGGCGUAUAGCAUGGUGCUCGCGGAGAACGUGCACGGGGGGCCGGAGAUGGACCUGCUGGUGGCGACCAUGAAUGGGAACGUGUACUGCUUCCAGACAGAGGUCCUCUUUCAUCCUCUCAAGGCAUGGCCCGCCCAAAACCACCACCGUAACGCAGCCUUUCCCCGGCAAACCAAGGGCGUAUCCGCACUGCCAUCUUCGCGGCAACUCCGGGACAUGGGCGGGGAAAGCUUCCCCGUGCAAUUUGAGGUGCUCGAUCUGGGGCCAAUGGGGACCAAUUACACUGUCACGGUCUCUUUAAUGGCCCCCGGUCACAAAACGCACCAAGUUCGACAAACCUACUCCAUGCCCGGGGUAUACACCGUCCGGCUUCCCGUCCCCCCCGUUCGCACGCACGCCCACGUCGUUCUGGAAAUGGAGGACGAACACAAGCUUUACUACAGCGACGAGUUUGCGGUGCUUUUCAACAUGUACUUCUACCGGAUUAUUAAGUGGGUUCUAGUCCUGCCGCUGUUAGGGGCGGCCGUAGCGAUCAUGUCGACCAAGCAGGGGUCGCAGGAUCGAGGGGCGCCGCUGCCCACUUCGCUUAAUAUGCACCGGUUGUGAGGCCUUUCGGCAUAAAGGUAUCAAGCCGAGUCGAACUCCGGCCCUUGUCGUAAAAUGUAAGCGUUCGUCUUACCAUCCCGCUCGCACUUGAAGGCAUCCGUGCGGGGAAAGGCAAAGCGCCUUAUCCCCCGACGGGCAGUUGAAGUCGACCCAUCUCCACUAAUUACCCCAUCCGAUGAUCAAUAUGUUCAUCUGGAUAUGACAAUGUGCU